AUGAGUGAUUACAAUACUAUCAUCGAAUCUGGGGAGGUAGUUUGCAAAACCAUUCGACGGCACAAACGAUUUUUACACAAAAUAGAUGAUUGCCUUUUAGAUAUAACCACAAAAUCGAACCAAAUUAGUAAAAUUACAUUAAAUCAAACAACAAGCAAAUAUGCAUUUUGUAGUUCUCCUUUUAGUUGUAAUUCAUCUGGUUAUAUGACUUCAAUUCAAUUUACCUCUUAUAAUAAUUAUGUAUUCUCACAAAGUGAUUUCAGCUGCAUGGUUGGAUUAAAUAGUUUAAGUUUAUAUGACUUUUAUAUUUCUAAUGACUUUUUUACAUCUCAACAUCUCCCAAGCUCAGUGGAUACUCUUUAUGUUUAUCGUUGUAAAGGUGGUAGAAUAAAUAAGUCCCACAUUAAAAAUUAUCAAAAUGAUAAUACACCAGGAUAUACAUUACAAUUGAAAUAUAUAAAUGAUUUAACUACACCACUCAAAAUUAAAAAAGAUGUUUCAUGGAUAUUUGAAUCAACAAAUUUACCAUCAUUAAAAAAUAUUAAUAUAUCAAGAUUAGUUUCAUAUGCAAGUUCAAAUUUUGAUAUUUCAUCUUAUUCAAACUUUUCAACAUAUAAUAAAGUUGAUACAAUUUAUAUAGAAGAUUUAAAAAAAUAUUUACCAUUGAUAGAAUUUCCAUCAAGUUUAGUUCAAUUAAAAGAUAAUGUUAAUAGAGAUAUUACAUUUUUAAUGAAAUUUUCAACACCAUCAUCAUUAAUUAGUCUUGAAAAUUUAAAGAUUUUAGAAGAUUUUGAUAUUUCUAGGGUUGGAUCAUCAUUUCAAUUCAAUGGUGAAAUUCCAUUUGAUUUAAAUUCAAUAGCAUCAACAUUGAAAACAUUUUCAUUUCAAGAUUCAAAUCUAUAUUCAGGUUUACCAAAUUUAAUGUCUUUUAAAAAUGUUGAAGAGUUAUCAUUAAGAAAUAAUAGUAUACCUGGAGAAUUACCAACUUGUUUUACUUGUUAUUUUAUAAAUUUAUUAAUGAACCCAGAUUCAAGUUUUGAUGAAUUAGAUGCUAUGAGUUUUACUCAUGGUUUCUCUGGUAAUAAAUUUAAUAAUUUAGAUUUUUAUUCUGAUCAACCACCAUGUACAACAAUUGUACCAAAUUUAAGAAAUGAUUCAACAAAAGGUAUGACAUAUUUAUUUGUAAAGGAUUUAGGAUUCUCUGAUGAUUAUGUUAGUUCAUCUUCAAGUGGAUUAUAUUUUAGAAUGGAUAUUCCAUCAAUUUCUUAUUAUGCAAGUUCAACUUCACCACCACUUGGUUAUUAUAUAGAUUUAACAUUUAGAAUUUCUUCAAGAGUUUAUAGAGUUAGUUCAAACCCAUUACCACCACAAAUUAAAAAUAUUUCAAUUGUAAAUGAUUUAGUAAUAAUUGGUGGUGCAUAUUUCAGUUAUAAUGUAUCAACUAUAUCAAUUGAUAUUGGUGGAUAUAAUGAAAUUCAAACAAUUUCAUGCUAUCAAAAUUGUUCUGGAAAUGGUAAAUGUAAUACAUGGUCAUGUUCAUGUAAUCAAGGUUUUACAGGUUUAGAUUGUUCUUCAAAAAUUAUUUUAAAUCAUGAUGAUGAUAAUAAUAGUGGUAAUAAUAAUAAUAAUAAUAAUAAUAAUAAUAAUAAUAAUAUUGAAAUUGGAAAUAAUGCAAUUUCAACAAUUAAAAACUCUGAAACAAUAUUUGAAAUUAUGAUUACUAAAAUUAUUGAACAAAAUAUUAAUGGUGAUACAAUUAAAGAAUGGGACAUUAAAAGUACAAAUUGGUUAGCAGUGGAAAUGUAUGAAAAUAAUUCAAAUAUUUUUAAUCAAACAUUGAAUGAAACUGAAUGUAUAAUUGUUUAUGCUAUCGAACAAGUUAAUAGUACAAAAGAAUAUUCAUUUGCAGUUUUUAACUAUUCAAUUGAUUCAGGUUCAUUAAAAAUAUCAAUAUCUAUUAAUAAUUAUCCAUAUUUAUCAACUUUAAAUAAUUUACAAAUUCAAAUGAAAUCUCAAGUUGCAACUUCAGAUAUCGUUGAUAAAGAUAAUAGCAAUAAUAAUAAUUGUUUAAAUUUACCAUAUUGUAAUAAAUGUUUAAUUGAUCCUGAUUUUUCGGUUCUUUUAUCAUCAGAUUUUAAAUCCUCAUGUGAUGAUGAUGAUAAUGAAGCAAGUAGAAAAUCCUAUGUUAUACCAGUUGCUGUUGUUGCUAGCGUUUUAGGUGUUGCAUUAAUUAUUACUGUUGGAUAUUUAAUAAAAAAGAAAAAAUCAUCAAAAGAUUUUAGUAAUAAAUUAAAAGCUUUAAAUAAAUCAUAA